UCAUACGGGCAACCAUACAUUACCAAUUAAGUUAAAACCAUCUCUCUCUCUCUCUCUCUCUCUCUCUCUCUCUCUCUCUCUCUCUCUCUAAUAUGGAAAGCAAGGUAGCAGUGAAGCUUUUGGGAUUCUGGGUGAGUCCAUUUUCCUUUAGAGUUGAGUGGGCACUGAGACUGAAGGGCGUGGAGUAUGAAUACAUCGAGGAAGACGUCUUCAACAAGAGUCCUCUGCUUCUGGAACUCAACCCAGUUCACAAGAAAGUGCCAGUGCUUAUUCAUGGCGACAAAGUGAUCCUUGAGUCGCUCAUAAUUCUUGAGUACAUCGAUGAGACGUGGAAGCAAUUUCCGAUUUUGCCUCAAGAUCCCUAUGAUAGAGCCAUGGCGCGAUUUUGGGCCAAAUUUGCAGAUGAGAAGUUUAAUGCAUGGACGGUUGUGUGCACCGAAGAAGGAGAAGACAGAGAAAUGUAUCUGAAACAAGUCGUGGAGUCCCUGGAGAAGAUAGAACAAGAGUUGAUCAAAGGGAAAUCCAAGUUUUUCGGAGGGGAAAGCAUUGGUUAUUUGGACAUUGCAAUUGGAUGGAUCUCUUACUGGCUUCCCGUUUGGGGGGAAAUUAUUGGGUCCAUGACAAUCGUAGACCCAACCCGAUUCCCAGCUAUCGCUGGUUGGACGGAGAAUUUCCGCAACCACCCCAUGAUCAAGGACAAGUUACCGCCGAGAGAUAAGAUGGUUGUUUAUUUUCAGUGGCGAAGCAAAGAGAUCAGUGCCCUAAAGGCCUCUGCUAAGAAAGGUUGAUUACCGAAUCUUAAAAUAACUGGCUACAAAGGAUCAGAAUAAAUGAGACCAUAUGCUCUUAGAAAAGGAGGGGGAUUUUAAAUAAACAUGCAUUGUACGAGUUGCCUUGGCUACUUCUCUUUUCCUCAAUUACCUAAUACGAGUACACAUGUUCAUCGUUAAGUAUGAUCGUGCGAUUUGUAUUUUCGUGGCUUCAGCAGUAUAAUUUGCGUAUAGUUUUCGAUCUCAAGC